AUGUUAGUUAAGAAAGAAAGCAAUGAACAGAAAACAACGGAUGUGAUUCAAUGGAAACUAAAACGAGUAAUUUGUAGUCAUAAAGGUUGGGUUUCUUCAAUUUGCUUUGACCCAUCGAAUCAAUGGUUUUGUACAGGUUCACAUGAUGAAACUAUCAAAAUAUUUGGAAUGAUCCGAGGUGAACAACGAUUGACAUUAACAGGGCAUAUUGGAGCUGUGAAAUCAUUGAAAGUUUCACCAAGACACCCAUACUUAUUUUCUGCUGGUGAUGAUAAAACAAUUAAAUGUUGGGAUUUAGAAUCAAAUAAAGUUGUCAAACAUUUUCAUGGUCAUUUAUCUGGAGUUGAGGUUGUUGACUUACACCCAACAAUAGACGUUAUAGGAGAAGAAUCACCACAUCUUAUUAGUUCAUCUGCAGAUAGUACAAUAAAGAUGUGGGAUAUUAUUGCAGGUAAAUGUAUGAAAACAUUAACUCAACACACAAAAGGAGUUCGUUGUGUAGAGGUUUGGGAUAAAGAAAAUAUGGUUAGUGCAAGUUUUGAUUCAAUUAAAUUAUGGGAUAAAGGAGAGUUUGUUGAAAAUCUCUAUAAGCCAAAUGAUAUUAUUAAUACAAUUAAACGUAAUCAAGAUGGAACAAUUAUUUCCUCAUCAAACAAUGGUGUAAUAACAGUUUUUAAUUUAAACACAAUAACACAAACAUUACACAAUAUUCCCCAACCUGGUUCAUUAGAAGGAGAAAAAGGAAUAUUAUGUAGUACUUUUGAUCAAACAGGAUUAAGAUUUUUUACAGGAUGUGUAGAUAAAACAAUUAAAAUGUAUGCUCCACAAUAA